GUUGGCCCAGUCGUAGAUUGGGACGCGUGGAACGUUGACGCGGUACUUGCAGCUGUCGACGGCGUAUAUUUUCUCUCUCGGUAUUUCUUCUACACGUGAUAAGCUAAAGUUACCUUUCGGUGGUGCUGCUGCUGAUUAGUCUGUCGUUAUUAUUAAACAAAACAACAAUUGAAGGUGUCGAAAGGUGUUACAAUUAGAGUGCUAAUGUCAACCACUUACAACUCUGUGCGCGUAGCCUAGCUUGAGUAAACAUUCUUCGCCAAAGGUCGUCUGGACGUGUGCACCAGAAAAGUUGGUUCUGGUGGAAUAUUAGUGAUCUGAAUAUAAAAAUAUUGGUGUGGAUCAACUUGUGAUAAAAUAGUGAUUCCAUAUGCUCGAUCAAGAUCUUGCGUUCGGAAGAAAUCCAAUGAAUGAAUAAUUAGUGCGAGUAAACUAUCCUUAGAGCCGAUGUCUAGGGAGCGAAGAACUGUCUGUGAGGUCGUGGAAACUGACAUGUGUUGAUGAUCGAUGAGAGCGGAAGCGGCAAGUUAGUGGAUACCGGAAACGAUGUCAUCGGAUAGAAUUCACAGAGCUGCCAAGGAUGGUCUGCUGGAUGUCCUCAAGGAAGCCACGCGGUCGGAGGCAAAUUCCAAAGAUUCGGACGGUAUGACACCGGUGCUAUGGGCGGCCUUCGAGGGUCGAUUGGAGGCGCUAAAACUACUAGUUGGGAGAGGUGGAGAUCCGGACAAAUCGGACCAGUUUGGAAACUCGGCACUGCAUUUGGCUGCCGCCAAAGGACACAUGUCGUGUGUGGAUUUUCUGGUCCAGUUCGGGGUCAACCUGUAUGCGCUGGACAUCGACAACCACAGUGCGCAAGAUUUGGCAGCCAUAAAUAAUCGCGAUGCCAUUCUACGUUAUUUGGAUGCGGCGUCAGCUAAUUUGGAGGCGGUGGACAAACGAAAGGUGCGGGAACUGAAAGAACAUGCGAAGAAAAAAUCGGAGAAGCGAGCCCGUGAGUUCAACAGAAGGCAGCAGAAACUGGAGCAAGGAUACGAUGAGGAUACCCGCGUUCGGCCGCACCGGCCGUCGAAUAUGCUACAGAUGAUCAAGCACAAAAUUUGGUCCGGGAGCCAGGGCAAUCUGAAGGCCUCUCAGAAAGACAAUGUUAACGGCAAUUCUACCAAGUUCAGUGCUUUGGUUGGUGGAACCGUGAGUGGAUCGAGAGGAGCGGUGAAGAAGCGAGCAGAAGCAUCCAAGUUGAAACAUCAGAUGGAGAAUGGAGCAUUCAAAAUUGGUGAGGUAGAGCCAACGGGUAAAAGAAGUAUCCGAUCGAUCCAAGGAAUGCAGCGUGAUUCGGAAAUUUUGUAUGUGGGGACAUACAACUCUGCGGACGAUAACAGUAAUCGGGGGAAAAUAAAGGAUGUUUUUGAAGUUGACUCUCAUGCCUACGAAGAUAUGGACGAUGAGGACAGUGGAAGUGGUGGAUCAAACACGAAGUUCAAUACUAUGACCAGAUCAGUUAGUCAACCCGAUUUUUUGGCCAAUUUAAAUGAUGACCUCACCAAUGACGUGCUGUUACAAAACCGUCCCAGCCUUUUCAAUAGGCCUUCUGGGAAUUUAGCAAUGACCCGAUCGGUCUCCACUGUGUUGGCUCAACUAGGUAACGAACAUUCCGCGAAUGAAUCUUCUGAUGGAUCCACAAAGCGAAAGUUGAAGCAUGGACCAAUCAAACCUCGCACACAAUUGGUUAUCUCGGACUCGGAUAGUGACCAGGAUAGUUCGGAUAAUGAUGAAAACGAGUCCCUAGCAAUUUUGCGCUUCUUGGCAGCGUUUAAGCUCGAGGACUACUAUCCAAUCAUGCAGAAAAAUGAAAUUGACAUGGAGACAUUAAUGCUUUUGACCGAGGGAGACAUAAAAUCGUUGGGUCUCCCCCUGGGUAUUUACAGACGACUCUGCAACGCUAUACAGGAACGAAAAGAAGCUCUAGCCAGCCCCGGCACCAUAAUGGACAGUCGACUAUAAUUAUCGAUGCAGUGGUCGCCAUGCAAUCUUGCCCUAACUUGAUGUAGAAAAUGAACAUUUUAUUGUACAUAGUGAAUUAAAUUAUUUGAAUUUUAACAAACAAUGUAGAAUAUGAAAUCCAGAACAA